AUGUCUACAUUCAAAGAUUUGGGAUUACCAAGGUGGUUAUGUGAUACUUUAGCUGGAGUGAAAAUCACAAAACCAACUAACAUUCAAGCAGGGACUAUUCCUGAAAUUCUAAAAGGAAAAAAUUGUAUUGGUGGUGCUAAAACAGGUUCUGGUAAAACAAUUUCGUUUGCAGCUCCAAUGUUGUCCAAAUGGGCAGAAGACCCAUGUGGUAUUUUUGGUGUUGUUUUAACCCCAACCAGAGAAUUGGCAAUGCAAAUUGCCGAGCAAUUUAGUGCAAUGGGAUCCAAUGUAAACAUGAAGACUGCUUUAAUUAUUGGUGGACAAAGUAUGAUUGAGCAAAGUAAUUCCUUGAAAAACAAUCCAGAUUUCAUCAUAGCUACUCCAGGAAGAUUGGCUCAUAUUAUUGAAGAACAUCCAGAUGAUGUCAAGGGUUUGCGUAGGGUAAAAUUUGUUGUGCUUGAUGAAGCUGAUAGGCUGCUUACUGAUUCGUUUACCGACCAUUUGGGCACAUGUUUCCAAGCCUUUCCGGCUUCUGAAAAAAGACAAACCUUAUUGUUUACAGCCACUGUUACCGAUGCUGUCAGGUCUUUGAAAGACAAAGGUGAUAAUGUUUUUGUUCAUGAAUUGGACAAAAUUGACGAUGUUGUAAUACCCGAAAGACUAAAACUAUCGUUUAUAUUAACACCUGCUUUGAUAAAGGAAGCUAUUUUACACAACUUGUUGACCACAGGGGAGUUUAAGGAGUCUACUGUUAUGAUUUUUGUCAACAGAUCCGAAACUUGUGAGUUGGUAAAACGAAUUUUGAAAGCGCUAGAUGUUAGGGUCACCGCUUUACAUUCUGAAAUGCCCCAAUCUGAAAGGACUAAUUCACUACACAGGUUUAGGGCAGGUGCUGCUAGGGUUUUGAUUUCUACCGACCUUGGUGGAAGAGGUUUAGAUAUACCUUCUGUUGAACUUGUUAUCAACUACGAUAUACCAAGGGAUCCCGAUGAUUUUAUUCAUAGAGUAGGUAGAACUGCAAGAGCUGGUAGAAAAGGUGAUGCUAUUUCAUUCGUUACACCAAAUGAUUUAGAUAGAAUUUUGUCGAUAGAAGACCGUGUCAAUAGAAAAAUGUCUGAGUACGAAAAAGUUACUGACAAUGCAGUUAUCAAAGAUUCUUUGAAGGUUACUUCAGCAGCAAAAGUUGAUGCAAGAAUGGAGAUGGAUAAGGAAAACUUCGGAGAGCGGAAGCAAAGGUUGAAAGAGAAACAACUAUUACGUUCAGGUAAUGGCACUGUGCAGACCGGUAAAGUUGCCAAACAGAGGAAACGUAAAAAUUAG